CUCUCAAUUAUUACCUCAUUUUCCUUUUUUCUAAUUCUGAUUUUGUUUGCUUCGGAAGUUUCUAGGUGGAUUUCAUGUUCUUUUGUUUUCUGAUUCAAUUCACCUCUGUUUCUGGUUGUUUCCUUUAUGAUUGGCCUCUUCUUUCAUGUGGGGUUUCUUUAUUUUCCAAUCUAAUUGUGUGAUUGUCUUCUCUUUUUCUCUCUAUUGGGUUUUGUGAGUGUGAUUUGUGUUCUUCCUCCAUUUCUUUCUGAAGGGUUUCUGUUCAAUUAUGUGUUGAUUUGAAAUGUUGGAGCAAUUGGGGUUUGGGAAAUUUGUUAGGAUAUAUUUUUUUUUACUAAUGAAUUGUGAUUUUGCAACCCUUGGUUUUGUUGCUGAACAGAUUUUAUCAAUUGGGUUCUUUUGUUUUAUUUGAUUUCAUUUGGUGAUUGGUUAUGAUAAUCCUAAUUGUAUGCUUUUGGUGGAAUGGGAGCUAGGGUUGAGUGGGUGAUUGUGUAGCACUUGUUCUUCCCUUUCGGUCUAUUUUGCUAGGAACUUGAGUGUAGGAGAUCAUUGGAUAAUAAAUAUGAGCCUGGCAUGUCUUGUUUGCAAUAGCGUAGAGAGCCCUUCACACUCGUUUAGGAGCUAUUCGGUUUCGAGUUCAGACAAUGAGGGAAGAUGUUCUGCAAUGGCCAACUGCCUAAUAUGGAGACCUUCUUUUCCUCCAAUGCACCACCCAUCGUAUGCAGCGUCAGCCAAGGUAACUCCCCAACCAACCAUUUCCAACAGCAAUGUAAUGGACGGUACACCAAGGUUGGUGCGGAGCCGGGCAGUAAGAAGGGACCUGGUACGAGACUGGAAUUUCGACGAGGUGGUUGUAGUUCAGCAUUAGUACAUUUUACAUUUGAGAGGAGGAGAGUAAGGUCUUCAAAUAGGCAUGGAUGAUGACCUGAAAUGAUGGGGGGAUAGCAUCUUGCUUCCUAUGUAUUUUUGUUUUCUUAUGGGUACAACUGAACUCACACUUCCAUUGGAAGAGUUUGCACAUUUGUAAGCAUGAGAAAAAUGUGAUUUAGAACUUUGUUUAUAUAUAACCUACAUACUACUGAUUCAUAGGAGGCAGAGUUGGGAUGGGUUUAAUUAGUUUUGUAAACUUGGAUGGAAUUAUGCUUUCAAGAUUUGUCCAUGAUAUACACCAAGUUUAUUUGCAUAUAAAAA